UCAUGCGUCAUAUCUGUUUUCUAUCGGAGCUGAGGGCGCUUCGUCUGCUCUUCACAUGCCGCUGCCUCACCAACUGUCUGGGAAAAUACCGUCUAAUGAAAAGCGAAGUGUCUGUAUUGGUGGGGGGAUUUGCCAUCCGAAACCGAUCGUCUGCGUGAAAUAGGGAAUGAACGACGAGACAGCAUCGGACAGCUGGAAGAGAAACUCCGGGUGCUCCAGUAUUGAGCAAAUGCUGGCUGUGAAUCCCGGGAAGACGCCCAUCAGUCUGCUGCAGGAGUAUGGAACGCGGAUAGGCAAGACCCCAGUGUAUGACCUGCUGAAGGCCGAGGGACAGGCCCACCAGCCCAACUUCACUUUCCGCGUCUCCGUCGGAGAGAUCAGCUGCACCGGCCAAGGGCCCAGCAAGAAGGCAGCCAAGCACAAAGCAGCUGAGGCUGCUCUGAAGAUGCUCAAAGGAGGUCUCGGAGGUCCCACCGGGGUUGGUGUUGGAGUUGGAGUUGGAGUAGACGGGUUUAUUGGGGUUGACGUGUCUACUGAUGGAGACGGGUCCCAGUCAGAGAUGAAGACCUCAGGCAGCUCUCAGCAGUCUGAAUGUAACCCUGUAGGGGCUCUGCAGGAACUGGUGGUGCAGAAAGGAUGGCGCUUGCCAGAGUACACGGUCACCCAGGAGUCUGGUCCAGCGCAUCGCAAAGAGUUCACCAUGACCUGCAGAGUCGAGAGAUUUGUGGAAAUCGGAAGUGGUACGUCCAAGAAGCUAGCCAAGAGAAACGCAGCAGCUAAGAUGUUAUCGCGUAUACACGACGUCCCAGUAGACUUGAGGACCAGCAACGAUGCUGACACGGAAGAUGACACGUUCACCAUGCACAUGGGGAGCAGAGCCGAGUCGGGCAAAAGUAAAGGCUUCAGCUGCACAUGGGACUCUCUGCGUAACUCUGCUGGAGAGAAGAUCCUCCAGCUCCGCAGCCACCCUCUCGGCAUGCCCUCCGACUCCAACUUCUGCUCCUUGCUGAGUGACCUGUCUGCCGAGCAGCGCUUUGACGUCAGUUAUCUGGAUCUAGAGGAGCGCAGUCUGAGCGGCCUUUGCCAGUGUCUAGUGGAGCUGUCCACACAGCCAAUCACAGUGUGCCACGGCUUUGCUCCGAGUAUAGACGCCGCCCGAGCCAACGCAGCCCACAAUGCACUGCAGUACCUCAAAAUCAUGGCUGGAGGAAAGUGAUGUCAUCUUCCUCCUGACAGACUCGAACUUGCAACCACACAUUGACAGGAUAAGUUUCCACUUUGGACGACGGAAGCUCUUUUGUGACGAGUUCAAAUUCCAUGAAUUACCUCAAAUUUGGAAAUCGAGACUUUUUCUGUCCCAAAAUUAACUCCUGGAGCCCCUCUUUGAUUGCUUUGAUUUCUAAUUGUCACCACUGAACAUUUAGUUGCCCAAACACUCUUCUAUACUCCUCUCCUUGACAUUUUGGAUAUUUGUCACAGAUAAUUUCAAAAUUCAUUUUUAGUAUUUUUAGUUUUCGCUUCCCAUCCAUUUAGAGCUGUGUUUACUUAAAUCUAAAAUUGUAAAAGUCUCUAUCUGAAAUUUUAAACAGUGCUUUUGCAGUGAGUUCCCAAAAAAAUGGUGACAGAAAAUCUGGUGCAACAAAAAAAGUGCAAAAGGUCAAAGAGGUUUGUAGAAAUUGGGCUGUGGAAUUGCCAGUCUCAUGGAUGGACAUUUAAACAAACAAAAAUUACACCAUGCUGCUGAAACAUGGAGAAAGAGACUCUGCUGAAUAAAUAUCAGAGGAUAAUUAUUUUAAAGACUGCCCCUUUUACAGAUGAGUUUGUAUGAGUCUUGAAAAAUGUGGCUUUUCUUGUAUAUUCAUUUGAACCCCUGAUACUCAAACUGUCUCUGUGAUGUUCUUAAUUUUUGGCCUUAAAAAUUUGAGAAUCUUCACAGACGUACUUAAAGAAUUGAAUUUUGGACAUUUUUCCCUCUCACUUUAAAACUGAUCUGUAUCUAACACACAUUUUGAACUCAUUAGGUUUAUUUGAAAUGAACUUUUUCUAAUCAUGUUACUCUUUGGCAUUUACUGAAGUACAAUUGUGAGGUAGAUCAGUUGACUCAGGAGAUCUAAAAUAUGAAUUGCCCUGUAAUUUUGCCCUGUAUAGAAUUCCUUGCAAGAUAUAAAUUGAUGGCUUUCAGAUCAUUUUAGGAACUCUCAACACAAUCAUCAGAAGCUUUUAAACAUAUGAACACUACGAGAGGAAAUAAUCAUACUAUGUCUUUUAAUUGUGAGGAUAGUUGAAAUAACAUAACAAUUCAAUUUAAAAUUUACUUAUUGCUUCAUUUCACUCCUGAAUGUGAAAACAACGCAAACUGCAAGUAUCAAUGCAUCAAAAUUUACCAUUUUCUCUAUUACCCUUAUUUUAGUUUGAGAUCUUUGCAUUAGGACCUUUUGUAAAUCAAUUUCUGUGUAAAACAAAAGGGCUUCAAAAGUACUGACUCUUCUGAUAACUAAUGGGUCAUGAAACAAAACCUUAACCUUUUAUUUGCAAUAUCAUAGACCAGACAAAUAAAGCUAC